AUGUUGAAGCUGUCAUCAUAUUUUUCACAUUUUAUGACCGUGAAUGUGAAUUCAUAUUUAUAUUAUUCUUGUCAGUGCGAAACCAUUAGAAGUAGCUUUGUUAGAAUUCAGUGAGCAUUUUUUCUGAUUUCUUUUUCAAAAUUUUCCAUAACAUAUGUAAAGUUGAACUGAAUAAAAUUUCACAUUGAGUCGUUGAAAAAUCUUGGUCGUUGAUCCAAUAUGGCAGAGAAACACCCUCAUCAAAUAUUUGGGUUCCUCAUAAAAGCUGAAGAAUAUAUUGUUAUCAGUGGUGCAAAGUAAUUUCAAGAAAUUAUAUGUAUGGAAAACUUUCAAACCAAAAAUGGGAUGGAUCAAAAAAAAAGAAUUACAAGCCAUUGAACCAUCGAAAUCAAAAGUACAUAAAAAAAUAACUGCCAUUGCUGCAUUAUCAAGUAAAAUACCGCCAGUAAUCAAAGAAGCAGCUGUGGAAGAGGAUACGUCCAAUUAUGAAGAGCGGAAAACAAAAAAUAAUAAUGCUGCCGCUGACAACUCGAUAAAGACUGAUAAAUCACAUGAUAGAACGUUUACCUAUGAAAAAUCUGCAGAUUCAAGAACGAGAAACAGUUACAGUGUACCUGAGUCGAGUCAUUCUAGUCGUCAAAAUGUUCAAAAGACCAUUACAAGAACUAACAGUGUUCCAGAUAGCAUAAGAUCCUCUGGAAGGAAUUCUAGCGUGCAAAGUCUAACGCGUUCUUUCUAGGAGUUCAAUGGCAUUAGUACAUUAGAAAAAUAAGAAGUAAAAGGUGGUUCAAUUAGUGCAUCAGGAUUUUAAAACCAAAGAUGCAUUUUCAUCGUGUUCAACCUUAUUCUGAGGAACAUGUAAUUACUCCUUCAAACAGAAAAUAUAUAUUUUUUAUGGGAUAUCAUUAAAAACUGAUAUUUCAAACAUACCAUUUCAAUUUUUUAUGAAAAAAAAUAAUAAAAUAAAAAGAAAUAAUAAACAUGGAUAUUUCAUUACACACUAUAUCCCCUGCAUUACCAAAA